CUCGAUCACAAAGAGAGAGUCUUUGAAGCAAGCGGAGCCGAACUUCUGCUCUCUUUACUUCUUCUCCUCCAAGGCAGAGAUGGCGGGGCCGUUGCUUCGCUCCCUCUGGUCUACCACCAAGAAAUCUCUCUCUACUUCUGCCUCUCGCUCAUGCUCUUUCAAUCAAUCUUUCUACGGAAACCCACUUGCCUAUUCGCGUGCUUUAUCCUCCGCCGCUGCUUCGGCUGCAGCUGGGACAGCUCCAAGCAGCUCUCUUGACCCGACCCGUCUUCGGAAUGUCGCUGUUAUUGCCCACGUCGAUCACGGUAAAACCACCCUCAUGGACCGUCUUCUUCGCCAGUGCGGUGCUGAUAUACCCCACGAGCGUGCCCUCGAUUCCAUCAACUUGGAGCGAGAACGAGGCAUCACCAUAGCUUCUAAGGUUACAGCUAUUUGUUGGAAGGAAAAUGAGCUAAACAUGGUUGAUACACCUGGACACGCCGACUUUGGUGGUGAAGUUGAGAGGGUUGUUGGCAUGGUGGAGGGAGCAAUUCUGGUUGUAGAUGCUGGUGAAGGUCCACUCGCACAGACAAAGUUUGUGCUCGCUAAAGCCUUAAGAUACGGGCUGCGUCCUCUUCUUCUUCUUAACAAAGUAGACCGACCUGCAGUUUCUGAGGAAAGGUGCGACGAAGUUGAGAGCCUUGUGUUUGAUCUUUUUGCAAAUCUUGGUGCCACAGAGGAGCAGCUAGAUUUUCCGGUCCUUUAUGCUUCUGCUAAAGAAGGAUGGGCUUCAUCUACCUACACCAAAAGUCCACCUGAUGGUGAAAAGAAUAUGGCACAGUUGCUUGAUGCAAUUGUAAAACAUGUGCCUUCACCAACAGCAAACUUAGAAGCCCCUUUCCAGAUGCUGGUUUCCAUGAUGGAAAAAGACUUCUAUCUUGGACGGAUUUUAACUGGACGUGUUACUUCUGGAGUCCUUUGUAUUGGGGACAGAGUGCAUGGGAUUAAGAAAACAGAUACUGGGAUUGAGAAAAUUGAAGAGGGGAAGGUUGUGAAAUUGAUGAAAAAGAAGGGUACACACAUGGUGCUGAUUGAUAGUGCUGGUGCUGGAGACAUAAUAUCAAUGGCCGGGUUGGGAAAACCAUCAAUAGGACAUACUGUGGCAAAUGUGGAGGUAACAACUGCACUUCCCACUGCAGAAUUGGAUCCCCCAACAAUUUCCAUGACUUUUGGUGUCAAUGACUCUCCUCUUGCUGGUCGGGAUGGCACUCAUUUGACCGGUGGGAAGAUUGGUGAUCGACUUAUGGCUGAAGCAGAAACGAAUCUUGCUAUAAACGUGCUUCCAGGUAUGGGAGAAUCAUAUGAAGUCCAGGGGAGAGGAGAGCUUCAACUAGGUAUCUUGAUUGAGAAUAUGAGACGCGAAGGAUUCGAGUUGUCGGUAUCACCACCCAGAGUCAUGUAUAAGAUGGAGGGUGGUGCCAAAUUGGAGCCAAUAGAAGAAGUGACCAUUGAGGUUAAUGAGGAGCAUGUGGGAUUGGUAAUGGAAGCACUGUCCCAUAGGAAAGGCGACGUAACGGACAUGGGUCCUGUCCCUGGACAUGCCGGUAGAGUUAAAAUGUUGUUGAGUUGUCCUUCAAGGGGAUUAGUUGGUUACCGGAGUGUGUUCAGCAGUGAUACCCGUGGCACUGGGUUUAUGCACCGCGCUUUCUCGGGAUAUGAAAAGUAUAGAGGUCCUCUUGGGCAUGUUAGGAAGGGAGUACUGGUGUCAAUGGGGCUUGGGACAACCACAGUUUAUUCGCUUAUGAGUUUAGAGCCCCGUGGAACUCUCUUUGUCACCGCUGGGAUGGAGGCAUAUGAUGGCAUGAUUAUUGGAGAACAUUCACGAGAUUCGGAUCUGGACGUGAACCCAGUGCGAGCCAAAGAACUUACCAACAUUCGGUCUGCUUGCAAGGAUGAGACUGUGAAACUGUCCCCACCUCGUCUUAUGACUCUUGAAGAAGCAAUAGGAUAUGUUGCCUCGGAUGAACUCAUUGAGGUUACUCCAAAAUCAAUUCGGUUAAGGAAGAGGUAUCUGGAUGUCAACAAGCGAAAAACAAUGAGCAAAAGGCCCAAAGAGUAAAGAGAAAUUCAUCACGCAAUUUUGUUGGUAAAAUCUUGGAGAUUGUUUUAUUUUGAGUUGUAUACUCUCAAUUUAAAUACCAGAUGAUCAAAGUGAAAUUACCUUUGUCAGUUUUCUUUAUUAUUUAUGCCAGGAAGGCCAAACAUUGUAACAUUUACAUUAGUAAUAGCAAUAGUUAAGAUAUGACAGAUCGAAAAAGCCGAAGAACAAAAAUGUAGAUGAAUAAGAUGCAGCUGCCCAUCCAGGUUUUAAACUGUGGUAUUUGAAUACGACAUGAUUGCUUCAUUUAUA